AUGGCAUCAGGCCACCAGUCGCUCGUAAAGGAAGCAGCUAAGUACGCUGAAGAACUCAACAUCACACUUCAGCUUGAUACCCUAAAUCCCGUGUUUGUUACAACAGAAGGAAAGGUGGUAACUGCAGCAAGAGCUGGGAACCUGUUGAAGCAAUCUCAAGAGAAGCAGUUCUUGGAGAUCGCUAAAGACAAAAAGUGGCAAGGAAAGUUAUUCCGUAUCAGAUGGGAAGAUGAGAGCCUAAGCAUAACCAGCUGCUUUGCAUGGUUAAAAGGUUGGGCUACAUGUCCUACAUAUACCAUCGCGGACAUGUAUAAACUGUAUGAGCAGUUGUUACCUACGAAGCUCUACACAAAGGAGAAGAAGCAAACCUUCACCGACGGCGAAGUCCUAUGCAGGUUAUGUGGGAAGGUAGCUGAGAGCGUUGCACAUGUAUUGGCUGGAUGUUCCUCCCUGGCACAAACCAAGUACCUAUACAGGCAUAAUGGAGCUUUGAAGAUUCUUUUUUUUGAGCUCCUGCGAGAACAUGGGUUAAUAGAAGAGGUUCCACCAUGGUACUCACCGGUGAUGCCAAAACCAGCCUACCAGAACACCACGAGUGAGGCGUUUUGGGAUAUUCCCAUCUAUGCAGAGCACAACGAAGUUAGAGCAAAUCGGAUCGACGCGCGACUUGUCAGCCACGAGAGGAAAGAAGUCUGCACAAUUGAAAUGAGCUGCCCAUGGAUUGAGAGUAGAGCUAAGAAAGAUGUGGAAAAAACACUCAAGUAUGGGCCCAUGAUGUGGGAGCUGAAGCAGAGAUACAGUGGUUACAGGGUUGAACAGUACAACGUAAUAAUUGACGUACUGGGUGGUUACUCUAAACACCCAGAGAAGUCGGUGAGGAAGCUACUUGGAGCGAGAGCACGGAGCGUACUUGAGCGGAUGCAGAAGUCGGUCAUCUCAAACACUUUAAACAUUACCAGAACAUUUAAGAUAAAUACUUAG